UCUAAAAAAUAAAUAAUUUAUUUAUUUUUAAUUUUGCUAUGUAAUAUCCUCCAUAGGAACAGGCCACAAUGAAAUAAUCAGAUAUGCGUCACACUCGUUAAACCUGCAGGGAAGUCAAAAUUGUACAGUUGCGAGUCCUGACUGCAUUAGCAAGAAUGUCCACAGACGGCGCUCAUGAUACAAUUGGAAUAACUGCAGGCUCGGAUACGUCAUCACACCCAUAUCACGUGACAAUUCGAACUCGGACAUCCCCUCUAGAACACACUGAAAUCGAAACUAAAAAAAGGUCGUUAUUUUCCUGUAUUUUGUACACAGUGAUAGCUUCGUGUUUAAUUUUGUUGCUUUUGCCAACUAUAGUACAUGUUAAAAAAAAUGUAAUCUAAUUAGACUCAAACAUAUUUUGCUAUCGAAGGGUAUUUACCACGAGCAUUUCCCCGUCUUCAAAGCCAGACCGCCGCAAGAAAACAAGGGCAGGAUAAAGACAAAAAUAAAUUAACAAAUAUAACGAGACAAAGCAUUGCCUUUGCAAACACUAAAACACAUCUUUAAAACACUUUGCCUAAACGGUUGCCUGUACUCUCGGUGCGUCUCUCUCCGCUCAAGUCGAGUUCUGCUCUUCCUUCUUGUCAUGUCAGCGCUAGAGGAGCCAUUUCAUUGGUUAAUAUCCGUUCAUUACCUGCGUGUCUGGGCGGAGUCUUCAUACUUUUGUUCAGCGGCAUUUAUUAUUCCAAACCCUUGACUCCGCUCAAAUAGCACCCUUAUGACGAUGCUGCUGCUGCUAAAAGAAAUUGAAUUGGCUGUCGCGCUGACAGGAGGAGCAGACUCGUCUGAAGAAGGCAGUGACAGAAGACUGUAACAGGGUAUCGGCUGUGUGAACACUGCAGACACGCGUGGAAAGAGAUGCAGACGGAGCGUGCAAAGAGGAUGGACUCUGCAGGAGAAGAAGCGUCCCUGAAUUCACCUGAGCUGCCCUGGAACCAGCUCUAUUUGAAGACAAGGACCAAGUCCAGGAUCCAGUUAAGGAGGAGAGUGUGCUUCACUGGCCCUCCUGCUGCUGUUACCGGGGUAUUGGCAAUCCUCAUACUGGCUGCUGACAGUGUGAGCAGCGCCAGUGAGUUUGUGACAGUCCCGAGCUCAGUGAAGUGUACUGAGGGGCAGGACUGUAUCCUGAGCUGCUCUUUCGACUAUACAGCUGGAGGCUGGGAUGAGAAGUCAGGUGUAAUCUGGAGACAAGCAGAAACACUCUUCACUGUUCACAGAUACUAUAACAACAGGGAGCAGCUUGCCGAUCAGUUCCCUCAGUAUGUGAGCAGGACCAGCCUGUUUGAUUCUGAGCUGCAGCGCGGGAAUGCUUCACUGCUGCUGAGGAGAGUCAGGCAGGAAGAUGCUGGGAAAUACACAUGCUCUGUUAAGGGUACUAGACGGUUUGGGUCAGGCCUGACUGAGGUAGUCGUGGUUCCGGCUCUACUCACAACAGCACCAGAUCAUGUGACAGUCCCGAGCUCUGACUGGAGGGGUUUAGGAGCACUUCUUCCUCUUCUUGCUCUUUGUGUGAUUGCAAAUUUACCCAGUUUAAUACAAGCUCCCAAAACUAAAUAGUCACUUUGAAUUAGCAAACGUGAUCAGUGUUGAAGAGAAAUUUUAAAAAUCACAUUGUUUCCGAGACAAUUGAACUAUAAUCUGUACUCUUGUUGUCUUUGCACGAUAUCAGAACAAUCCAGCAAAGAGAUACAGUAGUUUAUUCAACAUGACAUUAAACUCUUUAGCUCCAGGAUGCACAUCAAAGGAAAGAGCACUUGCAUUACCAUGCUUUUAAAAUUAACUAUAAAAGCAAUAAGUAUUAGCUUUAUCAAAACAUAUUUUAUUCAUUGUUCAGCCUGAAACUUGUACAUUGAUAAGCAUGAACAAACCAUGGAAAAUGAACCAGCAGAGCAUCUUUAUUGCAAAACAACCACAUGAAAUACUGUUAAUAGGAAAAUAAGGAAACCAAAAUAAUUGAUACUGUGGACUCACAACACACUCAAUGUUUAAACUGGUAAAGACAUAAAUAUUUCCAAGCCUUAAAAAAUGUGCAACAAUAUUCACAGUAUAACUCUAUGUAACAGUUUUUUGUUUAUACAGAUUACAUUGGUCUAUUUUGUAGCAUCAGCUACACCUGUGCAGCAUAAGGAGCUGGCUGCCUGCUGCACUUCAUUGUGUGUCAGGAAACCUGGCUCGGUUAUUAUCAAGUCUAAUACAAAUUCUUAAGCUGUUAAAUAUAAUGGAAUCAAAUGCAAUGGUUUCAAGGGUUUCACGGUAAAUGCUGAAAAUUCAAAGUAAUUAUUCAAUCCAGUGUUUUCUACUCAACUCCAUGUUUAGCUAUUUUCUUGCAGCAGUUCUUAGUUACCUGGAGUCAGUUUUUGUGGAGAGAGAAGGGUGUGGCGUUUGUUAGAAACCUAUUCUAAUCGACUGUGUUUUGAAGAAGAAAGAGAACACUCAGGAAAGAAAGAGUAUCUAAGACUUUAAUCCCGAUUUAUAAAUAACUUCUUGAGCUGAGUUUAUUUUUUUCUGCCCUGGGCAAGGACAGUUUCAAUGAGGACAUUAUUUCUUUCUCUUUUUGGACCUUUGCAUUGGUUUUGGGUGAAUUCUGCCCUGUGGAGACGGCCUCCAGUUGGACUAUUUGUUUUUCAUGUCGAUUGCACAUAUUUAUUUUAUUUGUGAAUGUGUUUUUUUUUUUUUUAAUUUGUUUUCUUUGGCAGACUCACACCCAAUAUUUCUAUUUGUUUUGUUGUUCUCCACACCUCAAAACAGGUGUUUAGGAGCACUUCUUCCUCUUCUUGCUCUUUGUGUGAUUGGAAGUCUCUGUGUUGGUCUGUGGCUCUAUAAAACACACACAUGUCACAGGUGGAAGUCCAGCAAGGCUUCUACUCCAGCACAGGCAGUGUUGUUAUCAGACGUGAUCGAGGAGCCCAGUGAAGUCAGACCACUCCCCUGCACUGCUCAAUUUACCCAGUUUAAUACAAGCUCCCAAAACAAAAUAGUCACUUUCAAUUAGGAAACGUGAUCAGUGUUGAAGAGAAAUUUUAAAAAUCACAUUGUUUCCGAGACAAUUGCACUAUAAUCUGUACUCUCGUUGUCUUUGCACGAUAUCAGAACAAUCCAGCAAAGAGAUACAGUAGUUUAUUCAACAUGACAUUAACCUCUUCAGCUCCAGGAUGCACAUCAAAGGAAAGAGCACUUGCAUUACCAUGCUUUUAAAAUGAACUAUAAAAGCAAUAAGUAUUAGCUUUAUCAAAACAUAUUUUAUUUAUUGUUCAGCCUCAAACUUGUACAUUGAUAAGCAUGAACAAACCAUGGAAAAUGAACCAGCAGAGCAUCUUCAUUGCAAAACAACCUCAUGAAAUACUGUUAAUAGGAAAAUAAGGAAUCCGUGUAAAUAUGAAGAAAUAAGUUUAUACUGUGGGCUCACAACACACUCACAAUGCUUAAACUGGUAAAGACAUAAAUAUUUCCAAGCCUUAAAAAAUGUGCAACAAUAUUCACAGUAUAACUCUAUGUAACAGUUUUUUGUUAAUAAAAAUUACAUUGGUAUAUUUUGUAGCAUCAGCUACACCUGUGCAGCAUAAGGAGCUGGCUGCCUGCUGCACUUCAUUGUGUGGCAGGAAACCUGGCUCGGUUAUUAUCAAGUCUAAUACAAAUUCUAAAGCUGUUAAAUAUAAAGGAAUCAAAUGCAAUGGUUUCAAGGGUUUCACGGUAAAUGCUGAAAAUUCAAAGUAAUUAUUCAAUCCAGUGUUUUCUACUCAACACCAUGUUUAGCUAUUUUCUUGAAGCAGUUCUUAGUUACCUGGAGGCAGUUUUUAUGGAGAGAGAAGGGUGUGGCGUUUGUUAGAAACCUAUUCUAAUAGACUGUGUUUUGAAGAAGAAAGAGAACACUCAGGAAAGAAAGAGUAUCUAAGACUUUAAUCCCGAUUAUAAUUAACUUCUUGAGCUGAGUUUAUUUUUUUCUGCCCUGGGCAAGGACAGUUUCAAUGAGGACAUUAUUUCUUUCUCUUUUUGGACCUUUGCAUUGGUUUUGGGUGAAUUCUGCCCUGUGGAGACGGCCUCCAGUUGGACUAUUUGUUCUUCAUAUCGAUUGCACAUAUUUAUUUUCAUUGUGAAUGUGUUUUUCUUUAUUUGUUUUCUUUGGCAGACUCACACCCAGUAUUUCUAUUUCUGUUUUGUUGUUCUCCACACCUCAAAACACAUUUAUCACAGUGAUUCCUGUCUUACUCUGCAUUUUUGUAUUGCUUUCUAGCACUCAGCUCACCUGCCUUUUAAUUGUUUGUAUUUAUAGGUAGGAAUUCAAUUUCUAUCAACUGGUUAAAAUAAUUGAUUUUCCGCCCGAGUUGAGAUUGUUUACAAUUUUACUUUUUACAAAAAAAAAUGUUUUGUGAUUCUUUUUUAUGCAUAAUUUUGUAUGUGGUGUACAUA